AUGUCAGCACUUUCCCACGUGCGAAACUCAGCAGCAGGGGCGGCCGUGCUGCGGCAGCCACGGCUGCCGCUCCGGCCGCGCGUGCUGCUGACGCCCCAAGCAUUGGCACUUGGCCCCUGCUCGUGCGACGUGCGAUCGGCUGCGCUGAGCUGCCGGCAGCCGUUACUGCCCGCUGAAGUGGACGCGCGGGCGGCUGGCAGCAUCUUUGGCAGCAACAGCAGCAGCAAGCGGCGCACCUUGGUCAUCCGGGAGAGCGGUGCAGCUGGGGGCCUCGGCAGCCAUGGAGGCGCGAGCGGCGAUCCGGUGGACACCUGGCCCAAGCGGUUGCUGCUUGGUGUUGCGCUGGCGUAUAUCUCACUGGUGGUGCUGGUGCCUUUCUUGAACGUCUUCUUCCAGGUGUGUCGCUGA